AUGCCCCACCCCGGCUCUCCGACGCGUCAGCGCAUCUUCGAGUUUCCCUCGGCCAACUUCUCUUCCUUUGCUGAGCCUCACGGAGCUCACGUCGAGCCCAUCCAGACCGGUGGUCGCAACCCUGGUGGCCGUGGGUUCUGGCCCGCCCGCCCCCCACCCACGACCACUACCCAAAUCAAACCACUGUCCUUCCCCAAGGCUUCGGGUGACUCGGGGAAGUACCGCCCCACCAGCGUGCCUCGCCAGAUCGAAAGCGGUCCAACUGUGCCCAUUGAUGUGCCCAGUCGCCUUCUCCAGAAGGAAACCUCGAGGAAGAAUCAAUCCAAGAGGAAGUCCGUAGACAACGACGCCUCCCGAGUGGAGACGUUUGACGACAUCCGCGCCUCCAGCCCCCUAGCUGGAAUCGGACUCUCGAAGACUCCACUGGUCCCCAACCCUCCUCCUCCCAAGCCCCCGGUCAAAACUGGCCAUUUUGUCAGCAGGCUUUCCAAGUCCCUUCCGCCGUUCGUCAACCAUGCAGCCCUCUGGAAGCAGACCAUCGACCGUGUAUCAAAGGAUGAGCGAUUUUAUACCAUCGACGACCUCGCCGAGCUUCGCAUCGGUCUCGACAACGCUGUCACCAAGAUGAUGGGUAAUGUCCACGCGGCGUCGGAAACGCACAACCAGCUCAAGGGGAUCAGCGUGGCAACUCUGGACGAGCGCAAGCGCAAGACGACGUUGUACGAGCAAGAGACUGCGCGGCGCAAGGAGACGGCAUCCACGGUGGCGUCGUCACAGGUUCGCAAGAAGGCCAAGUUCUACUGA